AUGGCGACCAACAGGAGCGGUGCGGCGCAGCGGCCGAACGGCGCGCCACAAACGAAAGUCUGUCAGUUCAAACUGGUACUCCUAGGAGAGUCAGCAGUGGGCAAGUCUUCUCUAGUACUUCGAUUCGUCAAGGGCCAGUUCCACGAGUACCAGGAGAGCACGAUCGGCGCCGCUUUUCUGACUCAGACCGUAUGCCUCGAUGACACCACCGUCAAGUUUGAAAUAUGGGACACUGCGGGGCAGGAAAGGUAUCACAGCUUAGCGCCUAUGUACUACAGAGGCGCGCAGGCGGCUAUCGUCGUAUAUGAUAUUACUAAUCAGGACACAUUCGGUCGCGCCAAGAACUGGGUGAAAGAGCUGCAGCGGCAAGCGUCGCCAUCCAUAGUGAUAGCUCUGGCGGGCAACAAGAGCGACCUGGCCGCCAAGCGCAUGGUGGAGUUCGAGGAGGCGCAGGCCUACGCUGACGAGAACGGGCUCCUCUUCAUGGAGACCAGCGCCAAAACCGCCAUGAACGUCAACGACAUUUUCUUAGCUAUCGCCAACAAGUUACCAAAGAGCGAGGGCGGCGGCAGCGCGGGCGCGGGCGGCGCGCGUCGCCUCGGGGACGCCGAGCAGGCGCGCUCCUCCUCCUGCUGCAAGUGA